AGAGAGAUUUUGUUUGUCUUUUGAUUUUGAUACAAACAUCGGAAAGUUGAAAGAAACAUCAAAACCAGCAGGGAGUUCGGAGGUUGAGGCGGGAUUCACAAAAUCCUUAAACUUCCUCCUCUCUUUCUCGUACUUUCUCUCUCAUCUCAAAUCCUUAAACUACACUUUUGUUUUCUUAUCCUACGCCACCAACAUUCCAUCACUCUCGCGGAGAAGCUUUGCCAUGUUCUUGCUCUGCUAGCCCCUCAUCACCCCCUUCUUUAACUGAAAUUUGUAUUGAAAGUUUAAGUUCAAUGGUCUGGAUGGAGCCUGGGUCAUCUGCUUCUAGUAUUGGGAGUAGAGAAAAAGGGGCUAUUGUUGAAAAUGGGUGUAUAAAAGGAGCUGAUAAUACUAGUGUUUCAGCUGCAUAUGUAUCUCCUUUACGGAACAAAUUCGAAGGGAAAGAUGCUUUAUCAUAUGCAAAUAUUCUCAGGUCGAGAAACAAGUUCGUGGACGCUCUUGCUUUGUAUGAAAGUAUUAUUGAAAAGGAUGGUACGAAUGUUGAAGCGUAUAUAGGCAAAGGGAUUUGCUUACAAAUGCAGAAUGCAAGUAGUCGUGCGUUUGAAAGUUUUGCGGAAGUUCUUAAAUUGGAGCCGGAGAAUGCUGUUGCACUUACACAUUGUGGGAUUCUGUACAAGGAUGAAGGCCACCUAAUGGAGGCUGCUGAGUCAUAUCAGAAGGCCUUAAAAGCAGAUCCUACUUACAAACCAGCUGCUGAAUGCCUUGCCAUUGUAUUGACGGAUCUUGGUACUAGUUUAAAGAUAGCUGGCAGCACUCAUGAGGGAAUGCAGAAAUAUUUUGAAGCUCUCAAAAUAGACCCUCACUAUGCUCCUGCAUAUUACAACCUUGGAGUUGUAUAUUCCGAGAUGAUGCAAUAUGAUAUGGCUCUUAGCUGUUAUGAGAAGGCUGCACUGCAAAGGCCUAUGUAUGCUGAAGCGUAUUGUAACAUGGGUGUAAUUUAUAAAAACCGCGGGAAUCUGGAGUUGGCUAUUUCUUGCUAUGAGAGGUGUUUGGCUGUGUCUCCGAACUUUGAUAUCGCAAAGAAUAACAUGGCAAUAGCCUUGACGGACCUAGGAACAAAGGUUAAACUGGAAGGGGAUAUUAACCAAGGUAUUGCAUACUAUAAGAAGGCUCUGUUCUACAAUUGGCACUAUGCUGACGCAAUGUACAAUCUUGGUGUUGCAUACGGGGAAAUGAUGAAAUUUGACAUGGCUAUUGUAUUCUAUGAACUUGCAUUGCACUUUAAUCCCAACUGUGCGGAAGCAUGCAACAACUUAGGAGUAAUAUACAAAGACAGAGACAACCUUGACAAAGCUGUAGAAUGUUACAAGUGGGCGUUGUCAAUCAAACCCAACUUCUCACAAUCACUUAAUAAUCUUGGUGUUGUCUACACUGUCCAGGGAAAAAUGGAUGCUGCAGCAGCCAUGAUUGAGCAAGCUAUCCUAGCAAAUCCAACUUAUGCAGAGGCUUACAAUAACUUAGGGGUUCUUUAUAGAGAUGCGGGCAAUAUAACUCAGGCUAUCGAGGCUUAUGAGCAAUGUCUUAAAAUAGAUCCCGAUUCACGUAAUGCAGGACAGAAUCGGUUGCUCGCAAUGAACUACAUAAAUGAUGGCAAAGAUGAUAAGCUUUUUGAGGCUCACAGGGACUGGGGUAGACGCUUCAUGCGGUUAUAUCAACAGUAUGUGUCAUGGGACAAUCCAAAAGAACCAGAGCGACCGCUUGUUAUUGGAUACGUUUCUCCGGAUUAUUUUACUCAUUCCGUCUCUUAUUUCAUUGAGGCACCUCUUAUCUAUCAUGACUACUCAAAAUACAAGGUUGUCGUGUAUUCAGCUGUUCUUAAGGCAGAUGCAAAAACUAACAGAUUCAGAGAAAAGGUUUUGAAAAAGGGUGGGAUGUGGAGAGAUAUAUAUGGAAUUGAUGAGAAGAAGGUUGCAGUCAUGGUUAGAGAAGAUAAAAUCGACAUAUUGGUAGAGCUUACUGGUCACACGGCCAACAAUAAGUUAGGAAUGAUGGCUUGCAAACCAGCUCCUAUCCAGGUCACGUGGAUUGGAUACCCUAACACAACUGGUUUGCCUACCAUUGACUAUAGAAUCACUGAUUCGUUUGCUGACCCUUCUGAUACAAAGCAAAAGCAUAUUGAGGAGUUGGUUCGGCUGCCUGACUCCUUUCUUUGUUAUACACCUUCUCCUGAAGCCGGCCCUGUUUCUCCAACCCCAGCACUUUCAAAUGGUUUCGUUACUUUCGGUACCUUCAAUAAUCUAGCCAAGAUUACCCCAAAGGUCUUGGAAGUUUGGGCAAGGAUUUUAUGCGCUGUUCCAAAUUCACGGCUUGUAGUGAAGUGUAAACCGUUCUGCUGUGAUAGUAUAAGACAGAAAUUUUUAUCAACAUUGGAGCAAUUGGGACUAGAAUCACUGCGUGUUGAUCUUUUGCCACUGAUUCUUCUCAACCAUGAUCAUUUGCAAGCGUACUCCCUCAUCGAUAUUAGCUUGGAUACUUUUCCGUACGCGGGAACAACAACAACUUGCGAAUCCUUAUAUAUGGGAGUUCCGUGCGUCACAAUGGCCAGUUCUGUUCAUGCACAUAAUGUUGGUGUGAGUCUCCUAAGCAAAGUUGGGUUGGGACAUCUAGUUGCUAAAACAGAAGAAGAGUAUGUUAAAUUGGCGGUUCAGUUAGCCAACGACGUCACAACUCUUUCCCGCCUAAGGAUGAGUCUCCGUGGUCUUAUGGUGAAGUCCCCUGUUUGCAACGGAUCAAAUUUUAUUCUGGGGUUGGAAUCAAAGUACCGUCAGUUAUGGCAUAGGUACUGUAGAGGUGACAUGCCAUCACUCAGACAAAUAGAAAUAGCACAAAAACAACUGCAGGAGGAACAGCAUCGACAGCGACAACAGCAACAGCAGCAGCAGCAGCAGCAGCAGGUUGUUAUUGAGGAGUCAGCAGCUAAAUUCUCCGAGUCAACUAGGAUUACGACUCCGUCAAAAGCAACUAAUUCAUCUCCAAUCAAGGCCAAUGGAUUUAGUAAACCAAACUCAUCACAUUCUACGUCAAUCACUUCCUGUAAAGAAGAAAACGGAGUUAUAUUGAAUUGGCAUCCUAAUUCAUGAAAAUCACUUCCUAGUUGUUUUGAGUUGUUCAGUAUGCUGCUUUCAUCGAAGAAGAGAUUAUACAGGGAAAGUGAUGAUUCUGGUCCAGCGGAUGAUUCUGGUCCAGCGGUACUUGCUUUUGUAUGGGUUGGCCUUUUCAGCUGAAUCUCACUUCUCUUUUGAGCCGAAUCUUAUACUUGUCAUACUCCACAUGUGUAUACUUAUUCAAACAUUGUGUCAGUGUCAGUGCCAGUGCGAGCAGCCAUAGGCACAAGUGUCGAAAGCGUCUCUUCUCGGGGUACCCUACCUUUAAGGUCCCCCAUUUUUUCUUCCUAAUAUUAUUAUACAUAUUGAUGAGGUCCUGUAUCUUUCAGCUUUUAAUAUGAAGGUGAUUUAAGAUUCCAACUUCUUAGCUUA